AUGGGGCCUUUACAGAUCAAGAAAGAAAUGGUGGUGGCCGAUAUUGAAGAUGACGCAUUGCUGGGUUGUAACGUUCUAGCGGGAAGUAAAGAUGGACCGGCAGACAUACUCCUUAGUAAGAAUGUCAUAAUAAUGGUUGGGAAAGAGAUUCCUCGUUUGCCAAAACUAAGCCGCAAAGGUUCAAGAAACUUGACGGUAGCUGAUGAUGUUACAGUGCCGGCAAAAGCAGAGGCCCUGGUAGAUGUUUACAUUGAAAGAGUAGAGGAAGACGACGCGAACCAAGAAGUAAAUUACUUAGUGGAAGCAACUGACACAUUUAAAGGAAAAUAUCAACUAGCUAUGGCAGCUACACUUGUUAACAUCAACAGAACUACAACAAACAAAGUGAGAUUCCUGAACCCACACCCAGCAGAAAUGCGUUUGAGACAAAAUGCUGUAGUAGGCACCGCUGAAAGGAUCGAAGCUGUCACUCGUGUCAUUACUGAAAAGGAGCACAAAGAAGAAAAGGAAAAUAUAUGUCGGGUACGAAGGGUCCAGACAGACAUCGUGGGGAGCAUAAAACCCGAGAUACCAUUCGAAACUGCAGAGGAGCACGCAGUGCCUGAACACCUAAAAGUCUUGUACAAGAAGUCAACAGAAAAUAAAUCAGAGCAUGAAAAGAAAGUCAUUGCAGGACUCCUUCUAAUGUAUGGUGAUGUGUUUUCAAAACAUGAAUGGGAUCUUGGAAUUACAAACUUUGCAGAACAUCCAAUCAACACAGGGGAUGCAACUCCCAUCAAACAAAGGCCUAGACGUGUGCCGCUUGCAUAUGCAGAAGACGAGAAAAUGGCCAUAGAAGAUCUAUUACAAAAAGGCGUCAUCAGAAAGAGUACUUCUCCUUGGGCUUCACCAGUUGUUUUAGUUCGGAAGAAGUCAGGUGCGAUUCGUCGAUGCAUCAAUCAGGCGGGUCAAUGCGCUUGUCAAACCAGAUCGCUUCCCUUUGCCAAGAGUGCAGGACUGUUUGGAUGCUGUAGCAGGAUUCACACUUAA